UCCAAAAAAAUAAAAAAUAAAAAAUCAUAGCUUAACAAUCAACCAUUUGAUAAUAUAUUCGUAGUGAUCGAUCGAUCGAUCGAUGGCUCGUAUACGAAUAGGGAUGAGAGAAAUUUGUUGUUCACCAAAAAGUUCAUCAAAAUCUCAUGAUAGUCCUAAUUCACCAUCUACUUCACUAUUCUCUUCCCCUUCACGUUUCUCGUUUUCGCCAUCUCGUCCGAGUUUUUCCGAUUCAGUUAUGAAUCGGACACUCGAGAUGGCGGAACCGAUGAUCAUGAAAUGGGAUCCUGAUACUACUAACUAUGCUAAAGUUACUUCUCUUUUCUACGAGAGUAGAGGAGAAGCCAACGAUUUCAUCAAGGGUGUGUUUAAUCUACAAAAGGCGAUGCACUUUCAUUCUAUGGAAAAUUCAAAAUCUGAUAAGCUUGUUCGUGCUCAAUCGUUGAUGCAAAUAGCAAUGAAGAGACUUCAGAAGGAGUUUUACCAGAUUCUAUCGAUGAAUCGAGCUCAUUUGGAUCCUGAAUCAAUUACUACAGUUUCUUCUCGAACUUCAACUCGUUCGAGUUUAUCCGAGUUUGAAGAGGAGGAAGAAGAUGAUCGUAUUGUAGCUGUUGCUGGUGAAUCGAUUUCUGAAGUAGAGGAUGUAUCGAAUGUAGCAAUGGCCGAUUUGAGAUUGAUUGCUGAGUGUAUGAUUUCUUCUGGAUACGCAAAGGAGUGUGUGAAGAUUUACAAAGUUAUACGUAAAUCGAUUAUAGAUGAAGCGAUUUAUAGACUCGGUGUUGAGAAACUGAGUUCUUCGCAAGUUCAUAAAAUGGAUUGGGAAGUUUUGGAUCUGAAAAUUAAAGAUUGGCUUCGAGCAGCAGAUGUAGCUGUAAAAGUAUUGUUUAAUGGAGAGAGAAUUCUCUGUGAUCACGUUUUUUUGUCCAACGAUUCAAUAAGAGAAUCAUGUUUUACUGAAAUUUCAAAAGAUGGAUCCAUGAUUCUGUUUAGCUUCCCGGAAAUCGUAGCGAAAAAUUGUAAGAAAUCACCGGAAAAAGUGUUCCGUCUGCUCGAUAUGUACACUGCCAUAGCUGAACACUGGCCGGAAAUUGAAGCUAUUUUUUCUUCCGAUUCAGAAUCUGUUAUCCGAUCUCAAGCGUUAACGUCACACGACAAGCUCGGCGAGUCUAUAAGGACGGCGUUAGCUGAGUUUGAGACGGUUCUUCAGAAGGAAUCUUCAAAAACACCGAUCGCCGGCGGUGGAAUCCAUCAUCUCACCGUCGAUGUAAUGGAUUACGUUACUCUACUUGCCGAUUACAGCAACGUACUCCCCGAUAUCCUUGCUGAAUCUCCUCCUCCGGCGAAAGGUUCCUUGCCGGAAUCAUACUUCGGUAUAGCCGAAACCAAUGACUCUCCGGCACCGGCAAUCUCACUCCGAUUCGCUUGGCUGAUUCUCAUUCUUCUCUGCAAACUCGACGGCAAAGCAAAGCACUACAAGGACGUUUCCCUCGCGUACCUCUUUUUAGCCAACAAUCUCCGGUACAUAAUCGUAAAAGUCCGUUCGUCGAAUCUCAAAUACUUGCUAGGUGAAAAAUGGGUAUCAAAACACGAAGAAAAGGUGAAGCAGUUCGCGUCAAACCACGAACGGUUAGGAUGGAGCCACGUCAUUGAAUCUCUCCCGCGAGAACCAAACACAUCAAUGACUCCCCAAGAAGUGAAAGAGAUUUUCAAGAGAUUCAAUUCAUCAUUCGAGCAAGCUCACCGGAAGUAUUCAAUGUGCAUGGUAAGUGAUAGUAAUCUCCGCGAUGAGUUGAAAAUAUCCAUUACGGAGAAACUACUACCAACUUAUAGAGAGUUCUAUAAUAAACAUAGAAAUACGAUAGUAAAAGAGAGACAUUCAGCUCAUGUGGUUAGAUUUUCUCCGGAGGAAGUAGGACAUCGAUUAUCUGAUUUAUUUUUCGGACCGAUUGAAUUAGAAAGAUGUUUAUCAUUUGAGUUUUCUCCAUCGCGAUAGCGCGAUAAAUAAAGGAAAAAAAUAUUUUAUUUGUUUUUUCA